AUGAAUCCAUCAACAAAUAAUAAUAAUAAUAAUAAUGCGGUCUUUUCACCCUAUCUACUUUCACGUUUUCAUCAACAUUUGAAUCAUCUUAAUGACAUGGCAUUCGCACAUACGAAGAUCUUACAGGAAAUUAUUGAAAAACGGUCUGUCGAACCGAUGACAUCGUCGCCACGCGGAAGUAUUAGCUCAUCAUCAUCAUCCACAUCGCCGUCCACUACCGAUUCGACUCAACGAAAACGUUCAUAUCCGUGUAGUGACAAUCACGAAAGUAAACAUGAAAAUCAUUUAAAUAAACGUCCAAGAAAACAAUCGAAACCACAACAACUUCUUAAAAUUGAUAAAAAUCAAAAUGAACAAUCAGCUUCAUCGGAUACUGAUGAAAAUGACGACGAUGACGAAGAAGAAAUAGGUGAAGUUAAUGAACCGAAUGAAAAACAAGAUACUCUUCCAAUAGCAGCUCCACCCGUAUUACCAUUCAUACCAAAUAAUUUACCAUUUCUUAGCUAUAUCCAAGAUUUAGCUCGUGCAAAUAAUGUCGCAUCACCUGUAUCAGUGGGAAAAUUUCUUGAAAAUUUUCAAAAAGAACUUCUAUCAACUUCAAUGGAUUCUAAAAGAAUGUUACCUCCGCCGCCGCCUCCACCUCCGCCCUUUUUUUCUCAAACUGUACAUCAUCAUCAUCAUCCAUAUUUUUCUCAAAUACUUCUCAACAAUUCAUUUAUCAAUCAUUUUCCAUCGUCACCCUCAUUGAACCGUUUCGGCCAUUCACCGUCCGAUGUUUUCAAUGAUCAUUCGUCGUUUCCCUAUCAUUUAUCAACACCAAAAAAACGUCGUACUAAAGUAACCGACACACGUUUAUCACCACGUAUAACAUCAAAGAUUCCUGCAGACGAUUUGACUGACGACGAAAAUAGUUCAUCGCAACAUUCAUCCGACGAAAAUCCAAGCAAAUCGGAUCAACAAUUGCUGGAAUAUAAUGGAUUUCAAAUAAUAUUAACAUCACUUCAUUUACGUAAAGCAAAAUUAAUGUUCUUUUAUACACGUUAUCCGAACUCAUCCGUAUUGAAAGCCUAUUUUCCUGAUGUUCGUUUCAAUAAAUUAAUCACAGCACAAUUGGUUAAAUGGUUUUCAAAUUUUCGAGAAUUUUUUUACCAACAAAUUGAAAAAUAUGCUCGACAAUGUUUAGCUGAAGGUAUAUCUAAUGUUGAUGAUUUAAUUAUCACACCGAAUUCUGAACUUUAUCGCAUUCUUAAUCUUCAUUAUAAUCGUUCGAAUCAAAUAAAUGUACCGAUAAGUUUUAGUAGUGCUGUUCAAGCAGCAUUAAGAGAAUUCUUUAUUGCUAUACAACAACAAAAAGAUCUGGAGUCAUCAUGGAAAAAAAGUAUUUAUAAAAUAAUGCAACGUUUCGAUGAUCAAAUACCUGAAUUUUUUAAAAAUGAUCACUGGAUGCAUUCCAUUUGA